AAACAUGCCUGAACCCGCCAAGUCCGCGCCCAAGAAGGGCUCCAAGAAAGCCGUGACCAAGACCGCCGGGAAAGGCGGCAAGAAGAGGAGAAAGAGCAGGAAGGAGAGCUACGCCAUCUACGUGUACAAGGUGCUGAAGCAGGUCCACCCCGACACCGGCAUCUCCUCCAAGGCCAUGGGCAUCAUGAACUCGUUCGUCAACGACAUCUUUGAGCGCAUCGCCUCUGAAGCGUCUCGUCUGGCUCACUACAACAAACGCUCCACCAUCACCUCCAGGGAGAUCCAGACCGCCGUGCGCCUCCUGCUGCCCGGGGAGCUGGCCAAGCACGCCGUGUCCGAGGGAACCAAGGCCGUCACCAAGUACACCAGCUCCAAGUAGACCAACACCCAAUACAAACCAACGGCUCUUUUCAGAGCCACACACCCAAUCUGCAGAGCAUAAAAC